AUGUCCCAUGGCAUUGAUCACUUCCGCAACUCCCCCAUCACGCCCCGUUUAUGGAUCUGGACGUGCCGCAAAUGCAAGCGGAAAUACCCUCUAUCUUGUACUCGCAAAUGCCUGUCCUGCAGUCACAUGGUGUACUUCGCCCGUAGAGGAAGCCCGGAGGCGAAACACUUUAAACUACGGCCCGCUCAUGCGUACAAAUGCCGAGGUCAAUGGUUGCACAAGAUCAAAGAACGACCAGGAGAGCAUCAUGAUAUCUCCAAGCCCACAGCCGAUACAUCAUCACCAGCAGCGAAACAAGAGGGAAAGGGACCAGAGAAAAGGGGAAAAGAUUCCGAGCAAAAGGAAAAGGAGUCUAAGGAAGAGAAAAAGGAGUCUGAAGAAGAGAAAAAAAAGUCUGAGGAAGAGAAAAGGGAGGCUGAGGAAAAGCAAAAGCAAAAGAGGCGUGAAAGGGCAUACAAUAAUUGGUUGUCACGGACAAAGCAUUACAAAUUCCAGAAGAAGCCAUCUCGUCUAAACCAAGUGUGGGUACCACAAAUGGACUCCGAAACCGAUGGGGGAAAAAAUAACGGACAUUGA